UGCAUUGCAAAUUCCGGAAAACAAAAGAUCGUUACAAUAAAAAAUAUCACCAAGUCCGCUAGUAAAACAACCAGUAAGCCCCGCCUACUUGCUCUUACUCAUCUCAUUGAUAAUUUUUAUGCAACUGCUCGUUUCAUUUUUCAACCCUCUCUUCCUGAUUAGUAGAUUCAAUUUGCAGCCGUCUCAUUUGGGCUUUUGAUCUACGGGUUGGUUUUUUAUUUAUUACUAGUAUUAUUUUUGUUCUUCCUAAAAAUGGGUUGAGAUUACUACCGAUAUAGAGAAGGGAAAAAAGAUCCAAUCUUUGCGUUGAAUCCGGUGUGAAAAUGGUGGAAGUUAAAAUGUGAAUCUUGUGUAGUUGGUCCGAGGUAAAAUGGGUUCUUGUUUCAGCGUUGAAGACGACGAGCACCCGCAAUCGCGGAACAAGCAUUCAAGUAACAGAACAGAUUCCAAAGGGGGCUCUGUAGGUUCGAAUGGUGUUGUGAUAAUUCCAAAAAAUGUGAAAGAUCUACGUCAAAAUCCUGGGAAUGGAGAUCUUGAUAUCUUCACGUAUGAGGAGAUGAAGUUGGCGACCAAGCACUUCCGGCCAGAUCAAGUUCUUGGUGAGGGUGGCUUUGGUAUUGUCUAUAAAGGUGUCGUAGAUGAUAACUUGCGCCCAGGCUAUAAGAUGACUCAAGUUGCCAUUAAAGAGCUUGAUCCCGAAGGCCUACAAGGGGACAGAGAAUGGCUGGCAGAAGUUAAUUAUCUAGGGCAACUGCGACACCCUAAUCUGGUGAAAUUAAUUGGCUACUGCUGCGAGGGUGACCAUAGGCUGUUGGUCUAUGAAUAUAUGGCAUCUGGGAGCUUGGAGAAACACCUUUUCUUAAGAGUUCGUGCCACUUUAACAUGGCAAAAAAGAUUGAAAAUUGCUCUGGAUGCUGCAAAAGGGCUUGCGUUUCUUCAUGCAGUGGAGAAGCCCAUUAUUUACAGGGAUUUUAAGACAUCAAACAUUUUGCUUGAUAUGGAUUUUAAUGCAAAACUUUCUGAUUUUGGACUGGCAAGGGUUGGCCCCACUGGUGAUCAAACGCAUGUGUCAACACGGGUUAUGGGCACGUACGGUUAUGCUGCUCCCGAGUAUGUCAUGACUGGACAUUUGACAGCAAGAAGCGAUGUUUACGGCUUUGGAGUAGUUUUGCUGGAGAUGCUGAUUGGUCGGCGAGCAAUGGACAAGAGCAGGCCGAGCAGAGAGCACAAUCUCGUUGAGUGGGCCCGGCCCCUACUAAACCACAGCAAGAAGCUCGCGAGAAUACUGGAUCCGAGAAUCGAGGGACAAUACUCGGGAAGAAUUCUUAUGAAGGUGGCCAAUCUAGCAUAUCAGUGCCUGAGUCAAAACCCGAAAGGGCGGCCCGUGAUGAGUCAAGUGAUUGAGAUACUCGAACCCCUUGUGGCUCAAGAAACGAAUCAAGAGGAGAUGGUCCUGAACAACGGAGGUGGCAGUGUAACGCUCUAUGAAGUUCCGAAGACACCCAAGGAACAGAGUUUGCACAAAGGCGAGAGCGAGAGUGGGAGAGAAGUGCAGCCUGCAAAGGGCAACGGGAGAAGCAAGAGCGAGCCUCCGAAGGAAUGCGACCGUUACGAUCGGUCGCCGGAAGAUUUGCUGCUUGAGAGAUCAACCUCAGGUAAACAUUGAAUUGCAUUUGAAUUGUUGUACACUAAUUUUGAAAUAAAUGCAUCAUCUUCUUGCUUCCUUGUGUACCACAGCUACAUAUUUUUGCACCUUUUGUUCCUUAAUAAAAGUUAUGUUUCCACCUUUUAUCUCUAA